GUCCUUUCCUACCUAUAAACCUGAUUUCCUCCAACGGCCUCUCUAUCUCUCUCCCUCACUCAUCUAAUCUUCAAACCUAUUGCCGCAAACGGGGAAGUUCUUGAAACAGAAACAUCUGAGAAAGUCAUGACAAUGACAGGAGGAGACAAACUUGUACUAAAAGGUUUAAAGUUCUACGGUUACCACGGAGCCAUUCCAGAAGAAAACACUUUGGGGCAGACGUUUAUUGUUGACAUCGACGCGUGGGUGAGUCUUAAAAAGGCUGGUCUAUCUGAUAACUUAGAUGAUACAAUCAGCUAUGUUGACAUUUUCAGCAUAGCUAAAGAAAUUAUUGAAGGGCCACCAUUGAACCUUCUGGAGGCAGUAGCGGAACGCAUUGCGUCUAGGACGCUUGAGAAGUUUCCUCAAGUGACUGCUGUUCAAGUGAAGCUGUGUAAGCCAAAUGUUGCACUUAUCAAGAACACAAUUGAUUACUUAGGGGUUGAGAUUUUCAGACAGCAAAAGCACUUCUGAUUCAAGGGAACUGAUGAAAAGUCCUUGAAAACUCUGUGUUUCCAAUAAUCUUUUGUUCAUACAAGAGAAUUGUAUCAGUGAAAAUUAAAACUAAUGGCUGUGUAAGACAACUUGGGAUCUUUAAUAUAUCAUGUCAUAAUCUAUGGUGUUAGUUUUCCACAUCCUUGUCUUAACAUAGUACAUCUUGACCUUUUGAUUUUAUAACUGAGUUUGGAACACAUGAUUUUUAAUAUGUAAGGAUUUUUGUUUAAUA